CAAACUCCCUUCCAAUAGUACUACUAGUACCACUACUACAAGCAGCUAGCACAACGACGUCGGGAGGGAGGAGCAGGAGAGCACUGCGUUCCGUCUGCGCGCUGUGCAAAGUCCGCAAGGCGUUGAAGCGUAGCGCAGUACUCCUACUCUUACUACGUAGUAGUACGUGCUCUACACCCAAACCCCUAUAAAACCCCUUCCACAGUAAAACCAAACCCCAAGAGCACUUGUCAUCGCACGGUAAAAAAAAACCGCAGCCACACACACACACGCACGCACCGGCCGUCCGGCGUCCGGCCAGCAGCAGGCUCGCUAGCUCCAAAGUCCAAGCAAGGGCGGCGCGCGCGAUGGACAUGGACGACGACAUGGCGCGGCAGCAAGAAGAAGAACAAGGCCGCGCGCGCGCGGCGUGGGUCCCCGGCGCGGUCAUCGUCGGCGCGGGCCCGUCGGGCCUUGCCGCGGCGGCGUGCCUGGCGGCGCGCGGGGUGCCGGCCACGGUGCUGGAGAUGUCGGACUCGCUGGCGUCCACGUGGCGGCACCGCACCUACGACCGCCUGACGCUCCACCUCCCCAAGCGCUUCUGCGAGCUGCCGCUGCUCCCGUUCCCGCCGGGUUACCCGGCGUACCCGUCCAAGGACCAGUUCGUGGCCUACCUGGAGUCGUACGCCGCGGCGGCGGGCGUGGCGCCGCGGUUCGGGUGCCGCGUCGAGGAGGCCGCGUUCGACGCGGGCGCCGGGGCGUGGGCGGUGCGCGUGGCGGGCGAGGGCGAGGGGAGCGGCGGCGAGCUGCUCCUCCUGGCGCGGUGGCUGGUGGUGGCCACGGGGGAGAACGCGGUGCCGCGGACGCCGGACCUGCCGGGGGCGCCGGAGAGGUUCGCGGGCCGCGUCCUGCACACGUGCGACUACAAGUCCGGGGAGGAGUUCGCCGGGAAGAAGGUGCUGGUGGUCGGGUGCGGCAACUCCGGCAUGGAGGUCAGCCUGGAUUUGUGCCGGCAUGGCGCCACGCCCUCGAUGGUGGUGCGCAACACGGUUCAUGUGCUGCCGAGGGAGAUGCUGGGUGUGUCGACGUUCGGCAUCGCCAUGGCGCUGCUGAAGCUGCUCCCCGUGCAGGUGGUGGACCGGAUCCUGCUGGCGGCGGCGCGGCUGGCGCUGGGCGACACGGGCAAGCUCGGGCUGAGGCGUCCCAAGACGGGGCCCAUCGAGCUGAAGAACCUCACCGGCAGAACCCCUGUGCUGGACGUCGGGACGCUAGCCCACAUCAAAACCGGCAAAAUUAAGGUAGUGGGAGCAGUGAAGGAGGUGACCCAGCGCGGGGUCAGGUUCGCGGACGGCAAGGAGGAGCAGUUCGACGCAAUAAUACAGGCCACGGGAUACAGGAGCAACGUGCCGUCCUGGCUCAAGGAUGGAGGUGACGUGUUCACGAGAGAAGGGAUGCCGAGAAUUCCAUUCCCCAACGGCUGGAAAGGGAAGAACGGGCUGUACACCGUCGGGUUCUCGCAGAGGGGGCUGCUCGGCGCCUCGGCGGACGCCCUCAACAUCGCCAGAGACAUACAUUCUCAGUGGAAGCAGGACAUGAUGAGCAGACCCGCCGGUAACAAGUAUUGUGCUUCAAUGUAAAACGAUAACAAUGCUGUGUUGACUGAUGGAUUGACCCUCGUGUAAAUGUACAGAACCCCAAGUGGUUUAUACUAUUGAUGUCUCCAAAAGGUAGCAUUGUGUAUGUACUGCUACAUGACAACAUGGUUUUUGUUCGCCCA